AUGGCUUCACUGCCUUGUCAGAGUGGGCCGACUGUGCCUGCAAAGAUCUUUUGUGGUGGUUUGAGUGACGUAACUACUAAUACUUCCCUGAGGACUCACUUUUCACCUUAUGGCGAAAUAGUAGAUUCGGUAGUAUUAACGGAAAAGACCACAGGACGCUCUCGUGGAUUUGGGUUCAUCACAUUUGCUUCUGAGGAGUCAGUAGAUGCUGUCUUAGCUUCACCUCAGAUAGUAGAUGGGAAGGAAAUUGAUUGCAAAAGAGCAGUACCACGUGGUGCAAUCCAAACAAAUGAAACAGAGGGGGGGGAUCCUGGAGAUAACAAAGUGACUAGCUCUGUUUCAUCUUCAGGAGCAGUUACAAAUAACAAUUCAUCUGGAACAUUUAAUGCAACAAAGAUAUUUGUUGGUGGUUUGCCACAGAGCUGUACAGAUGAGAAGUUACGUGAACACUUUGGUAAGUAUGGAAUGAUAAAAAAUCUAAGUGUCAUGGUUGAUCGCGAUACGAAUCGCCAUAGAGGUUUUGGUUUCGUAGAGUAUGAAUCUCCUGAGUCAGUUGAAGAGGUUAUGCGUCACUAUUAUGAUCAUCAAAUUGAUAAUAAGUGGGUAGAAUGCAAGAAGGCUCUUCCAAGAGAGAUUAUGGCCGGUGGUGCAAAUAGUAACAUUGCAAAUAAUAGAAUUAUACAGGCCGUCUCUGUUCCUCAAAUAUCAGGAUAUGCUGAGUAUUACCGUAAUUCAUACAUGCCAAUCCAUUCAGGAGUACAAGGGCAACAAAUGUAUGGUCGCUAUGGACGCCAUGAUCCAAGAUACAUGUAUGCAAGCUAUGGGUAUGCAGCUGCAGGGCCUACAGCUCAUAUUUACCAUGGAUAUACAACCUCUUCUUUACCUAUUUCCACACCACAUAUUAACGAAACUCCCCAGAAUGAUGGGUCAACAUAUGAUACAUCUGCCCAUCGUGAUGAAUUCACUGCUGCAGACAAUUCAAAUGUAGAUGAUAUCGGUCAACAACAUGUAGGAGUUAAUAUGGCUCCAAGAGGACAGCUUGCCCCCCAUCUUGGCCAACGGCCUCCAUAUACUUCAAAUUUCCGUCCUGGUCCGUACACCCAAGGACGUUAUGCUCCCACUGGUGCAAUUUCAUAUUCAGUUCCUGGUGCUGUUCCAGCUCAUGGAAGAGUUAGAGGUAUAUACUAG